UCAUUACAUGCAGAGAGAGAGUGAGAAAGAGAGAGACGGAAGAAAAACUGUGGCGUAAAGAGGCGCCUAUUGAGCAUUUUUGGAGCAACAUCCCCGGAUUUGACGUGCAAUGACGACUACGUGACAAAAUAAAAUUAGUAGACAGGAUAUGUGACGACCUAAAAAAAACAGGCGAUUGUUAUUGACUAAAUGGUCCGCAUUGUAAGCAGGUGCGCUGUUAUGCCUAAAGAAGGAGUCGGAUUGGUCCGAAGAGCAAAGUGAGGGAAAAUGUCAUUUUCUGGAUUAUUUAUCCAUUGCUCCACAGAGGCAAACUUUACCAGCGUUUGAAUUUGUUGUGCUUCAAAACGCGGAUUAUACACCUGAAAAAAAGAACUCCACGUGUUUCAAACCUGUGCUCCGCACGUGUUGACAACAAUGACUGGAUACGUACAAAAGCCGGUGAAUUUGUCCGGGGCGAGGGGCAGCGAGUGAGCGGGUCAGACAACGGAGGAGGACCGGAGAAAAAGAGCGAAGACGAAACGGAGUCGGUGGCGUUUAGCUGCCGUCUCAUAGUUGUUGUGCCUUUCCCCGUGCUUCAUCCGACCCUUCAGGAGACACAACUGGACGUUAACUGGAAGGAUCUGCGGUCAAAAACUAGGUCAGUGGAAGGUGACUGUCUGAAGAAAUGCCGGUCCUAGGUGCCCUAGUACAUCAUCACCGGGACCAUGGCAACUCAUUGGCCUAUGAGAAAAGAGGAGUGCUCCCAUGGAACUGCCUCUCCUAUUAGAUGGUCUGCAUCCUCCUUGAUGCUUCUAUGGUUGACGUGGGUGUUCUUAUGGCUGCUGUGGCCCAUCCGAGCUGAACAAGUGGCCAGCGGGGGGAAUUUGGGCAAAUCCCUCCAUGGUUCCCUGUCCUCCUCCUCGUCAUCUUCCUCUUCCUCCUCAGCAUGGGGCUUUAGCACAAGACAAAGUGGAGGGCAGUUGGACUGGCUUUUGUCAGAAAAGGGACCUUUCCACCGUUGCCCUGAGUAUACGGAGUUCAGAGAGCGGUUCCAGCAGGGAUUUUCUACCAGAUACAAGAUUUACAGGGAAUUCAGCCACUGGAAGGUAAACAGCUUGGCAACGGAGAAGAGAGACUUCUUUAAAGCUCCGUUGCCCUUAGCACCAGAGUUCCUACGCAACCUGCGAUUAUUGGGGCGACGACCAACCUUGCAACAAAUCAACGAAAACCUCAUCAAGAAGUAUGGAACCCACUUUCUGGUGUCUGCUACCCUCGGCGGGGAAGAGUCAUUGACCAUUUUCCUGGACAAACAAAAGCUGAACAAGAAGUCAGAAGGCAACAGCAACACUACUGUGGUCUCUCUGGAGCUGCUCCAUCAGCUAGCAGCUUCAUACUUCACAGAUCGAGAAAGCACCCUAAGGAGACUGCACCACCUCCAGAUUGCCACUUCAGCAAUUAAGGUAACUGAAACAAGGACGGGUCCUCUCGGCUGCAGUAACUAUGACAGCUUGGAUUCCGUUAGCUCGGUGUUGGUGCACAGUCCAGAAAAUAAGAUCCAUCUAAAAGGCCUGCAAGAUGUACUGCCAGAGUUUCUACGCGGGCGCUUUGUGGCGGCAGCCCUCAGCUAUGUGGCAUGUAACUCAGAGGGCGAGUUGCUCUGCCGCAACAAUGACUGCUGGUGCCGAUGUUCUCCUCGCUUCCCAGAGUGCAACUGUCCCUUUGCCGAUAUCAAGGUUAUGGAAGAGAAUCUGGAAAAAAGCAAAGAGGCCUGGAGUAGUUUCAACCAAGAUUUCAUUGAAUCAGAUGAAUUCAAAUCCUUCCUGAAACGUUUGCCCACUGACCAGUUCUUGAAUGUUUCAAUGAUUGCCAAGUACUGGUCAGCUGACAUCUCUCUCCAGAAGCGCUAUGCUCAUUUAGAGUCCAGCACAGCCUUGGUCCUGGGCAAAGCUCAGAAGAUCAUCAGGAAAUUGUUCACACUGAGUAAACGAUGUCCAAAACAGUCUCAAAUCAGUCUGCCCCGAGAGAGGCCAAUUGCCUUUUGGUUGAGCAAGGCUCAGUCAUUGCUUUACUGCAAUGACCAUGGAGUGCUGGGAACUUUCUCUGAGGAAGUCAAGAGUUGCAGCUGCUCUUUGGAUCAGCCAAGUUGUCAGGGUGCCAUUCCCUGUGUUGUUGGCACCUCCUUCACCUCAUGCUCUGCUUGUGCUGCUGACAACGUAACACGUUGUGGAUCCUGUCACCAUGGCAAUGUCCUUCACCUUGGUUCCUGUCGACCAAGUAUCGCAACAUCCCUGGACCACUAUCUCAACUUUGAUCUCGACAUGCCAGAUGCUGAGGUGAAGUACCUACUUCAACAACUUGACAGCAGAAUUGAAGUCCAUGCUAUUUACAUUAGCAAUGACGUCCGUCUGGGAAGUUGGUUCAAUCCUGCAUGGAGAAAGAGGAUGCUACUUACCCUUAAGAGUAAUAAAAACAAGUCCAAUCUUAUCCACAUGUUGAUGGGCAUGACUUUCCAGAUAUGCUUAACUAAGAAUUCAACACUGGAGCCAGUGCCCGCAAUUUAUGUUAACCCUUUUGGAGGAAGUCACUCAGAGAGUUGGUUCAUGCCUGUAAACCAGCCUGACUUCCCAACCUGGGAAAGAACUCGACUGGACACUGUAGCUACUGCACAGUGUUACAACUGGACAUUGACACUGGGUAACAAAUGGAAAUCCUUCUUUGAAACCGUGCACAUCUACCUGCGAAGCCGUAUUGUCACAGAUGAUCCAACAGUGAAUGAAACGCUCUUUUAUGAACCUUUAGAGAUGGAUGAACAGACAUCCAACCUGGGUUACAUGAAGAUCAAUACUCUUAAAGUUUUUGGAUACAGCAUGCACUUUGACCCCGAGGGCAUUAAGGAUUUGAUACUCCAGCUGGACUACCCAUAUACACAGGGUACACAAGAUGCUGCUUUUUUGAUGUUACUGGAGAUGAGGGAUCGUGUUAACAGGUUGGCACCACCAGCGCCACAGCCACUUGAUCUGUUCUCUUGCCUUCUGCGGCACCGACUCAAGUUGUCAGCUGGUGAAGUGGUGCGCAUCAAGGAAGCUCUUCAGAUCUUCAACUCAAAGCUCCCCAAUGCCACUCCCGAACCUGAGCUAGCUCAGCUCUGCAGCUAACUAGCUUAGCACUCAAGAAGGGACUAAAAUGUCCUAUGAAUAAGAUUCAGGGAUAUUAUUGGCAUAAGCAACAUGGUUGGACCUUGGACCUCAUCUGGAUCAAUAUUUCACAAGAUUGACCAAUGGAAAUGACAAAAUCUGUUUGCUGUUUUUCCAGUCUCAUUCAUAUUGUGAGCGUUUUGAGUAUUUGAGGCCAUAUAUUAAGGAAUGUCUAACCCUAUUGGAGAUCAUGAAGCUCUGUUCAAGUGCUCUACUAAACUUGCCUGGAGGCUUACUUUUGCUAUAACUGCCUUUCUUUUUGCAAACUGGAUGACAGCUGAGGGACUCAUCAAGGUACCAAUGGCCUCUAUCUUGCAAAGAGAAAUGUGAUUAAAUGUGUAUAGUGGAAGUCUUAAGGGAUCACCCUGACUGAUCUAAUAGAGAAAGAUUGUCCUUUUGUAACCCUGUUUUCUGUGGUUACGGAACAAUCUAGAGUGGAGUAUAAUGGAUAAAAUUAAAUGUGCAUUGACUGAUGUGAUGCUUCAAUUUUGAUAACCCUAACGUUGCUACGACCAUUGAGUAUUUCUUUUAAAUCACUACCCUUCAUUUUUUUCUCACGUUUGAAAAUUUAUCUAUGCUGAAAAUCUGAUAAGUCUGUUAGUGUUAGCUUUGUACAUGGUGGUGUGUCUUUACCAAAAAAAAAAAAAAAUACAAGUUGAACACAUUGGCAAAGCAAAUAGCGAAACAGCUUAGAUGUUAUUUUUUUUGUUUCUUCUUUUGAGAUAAAACCGUAAGGAAAUGUUGAAGUUAUUAUAUAAACAAAGAGUUUUGCGGAUGCAGUGCUGUAAAUAACGCGCCAUCUUACUUGAGAUGUGAUUAUGUGCACAUUGCUUUUUAGAUAUCUAAGUGCAAAGACCAAAAAAAAAAAAAAAGACAAAUGUUUAUUACAACUCAUGCCUUACAUGGAGUCAGUGUUGUGAGAAGCACAUUUAGUUUUGGUGUUUGAUUUCCUGGCAGGUGAUAUAUUGCUUUUAAGAUUUCAAAUUUUCUAAUUAAAAAAAUAAAUAGAUAAAAAAAAGUACAUUCUUCACAUCAAAUGUAGCUUUUACAUGUAAAUGCUGGUCAUAUUGCAACAUUUGCUUCAAUUCGGUGACGUGAAACUGUUUACAGUGCUCACCAUUACUUAAAAUUGUAAUGUAAUUGUUCAGCAAAGGUCCUCUAGGUCCAAUUAAUAGUUUUGGGAAAUUAAUUUUUUGAUGUGAUCAAGUUUAAAUUUCAGUUCACAAAUUUUAAAACGAUUUAGUUCUGUUCAUAAUCAUUAUAUAUUUUUUAAAAUAUAUUACCCUAAAAAUACAGGUAUUUCCCAACUGUUGCCACGCAUUCAGUUCACACUGGUCACUGGCUGAAGCCCGUACACUUCAACAUACAGUCACAACAGCAAGAGGAAAUACUCUAAAUACUAAAAUUCUAAAAAUAAUGAAAAAGGACUGGAGUUUAAAUGUACAAACAGAAAUACAAGUACCUAAAAAUAUUCAAAUGUUAUUAAGUUUAUGUAACUGCUCAAUUCUAACCUAUCAUUUGUGGAGGCAAACGGAAUGGUGCUUGUUUAAGUGCUGCUUCGAGUUGCAUGCAAGUAUUGUCGCAAUUUUAUUCCCCUUCUUUGCGUUUUAAUAAUUUAUGCAGCCAUGGAACUGUUGCCGUUGGCUGAGGUUGCCAAAUACAAUGUUUAUCGCCCUAUAUGUGAUGGCUCGUUCACAGUGUAUUUAGCAGUUUUUCCGAGGAGUCUAAUGAAACCUAGCACUCCCAGGAACAUAAAUGUACUUUAGUUCACAAAGUGCUCACAGAUGCCAGAAUUAGUGUGUUCGCAAUUGCUGUCAUCAUACAGGAAUACAUGACGUUCAGUUUAAUCCAAAAUAUGAACUAGUUCAGAACCUUCCAUUUAUUUAACUCAUUCAGUUACAAUAAUGCUAAUUUGAGAUACUCUCAUUACCUUACAUGGUUAACAUUGCAAAAUACAUUAAAAUAUUUUUGACAUUCUAAUUUAUUGUGAAAAUAUGGACCCAAUAUUAUCUGUCAGCUGAAAAUAAUUACUUUUUCAAGGUUUCGGAGGGCAGUAAUGGUGAUUCUUGGAACUGCAAACAACACCUCAUAUUAUUUAGUAUUGUUGUUGUUAUUAUUUGAUUUUGUAUUUUAUAAAAUCCAGAAGAUCAAAUUCUACAAUCAGAUAUAUUUUCUAUAGUAAAUGUUUUCACUUGUCAAUCUUUUUCCAAAUAGCUUAAUGAAAUAAGUGAUAUAUAUUGAUUUCAUUGACCUCCAGGUUUUUUUUCACUGUGGCACAAUUUUUGUUUCCUUUUAAUUCUGAAAUGCAACCACCAAUAUUAUUCUCAAGCUGUUGGGAGUUAGAGUGCGUAUGACACCUAAAAGUAUGUUCAUUUCAUAUUUCACGCUGUGUUUUAUGUUCCUGAAUGAAUUGGACCGCUUGGAUGUGUGUGGAAGAGAUCGUUUUAUAUAUUCAAUUUUUGAAUCCCGCGCCAUGAAAAUGAGUUACUUCCGGCUUCAGUCGCGGGUUUAGGACAAAUGUGAAUGUUACGUCACCCGGGUCAGCAUCUCACAAGCAUUGCUGUAUAGCGUGCAGAUGGACUGCGGAUUCAGCUGAUUUUGCGGAUUAAUUUGUUUUUGGUUUUUUUUACAUCACGCCAGCCAAACGGCUGCAGAAAAUUGUUGCUGCACCAGGAAGAGGCGUGUGAGCCUUUUGGGGUUUCUAAAGGUUCUCGUUCACCGCGGAUAUUGAUCAAAACAAGCCCUUCGACUGUGAGACCAUUGGACUUACGAGGAAGUGAGUAAACAUCGUAUUGGUAUCAUGGCACACGUUUUAAUACGGAGGUGGCUUGCAUUUUGUGGCUGAUUGUCCACCGAAAAUUCCACUCGGUUGACGACCGGCAGCUUGUCUCACCCCGACAAUCGACAACCCCACCGCCAUGUGAAUUGAUCUGGGCUAGUUUUUUGUGAUUUUUCGCUUCGAAACGCAAAAAUAAGACUUUGAGAUGUCACUUGGUUCGGGUUAGCAUGUCGGCUAGCUGUCACGCCUCUUGGUUUGUUUACAUUCUCCGAAGCUGGGGCAGGGAAAUGACAAAAGCCUGACUAAAUACGGUGGCAUAAAAUAUCGUUCGGGAGGUGCGACGGUAAAGGUGAUGUCGACAGUUUUGACCAUUAUGGAAUAAUUUUGCCAUGUCGUACUAAAUAAAUGCAUUUUUAUUAUUUAAUAUCCCAUUUAGCACAAGAUUGUUAUUUGUCCUGACCAUAUCAUUUAUUUAGCAAUUGGGGGAAAAUACUUCGAUAAAAAGAGUAUCCUGUAAAAAAAUUGGGGUAGAGAGACUGAAACAAUGACAUUUUGCGGCUCUCCUUGUUGCAUUUUCCUCGUUCUGAAUAAUUCCCCUUCAAUGGGUUGAAUUGUAAAUCAAAUGAAACCAUUACACUGCCGCCGACGUCAUCCUCCUGUUGGGGACGCUAGAGCCCUAUAAUGGUAGGCGUGGCUAAACGGCGGAUUAAAAGACUAAUUUCUCGUCAUCUGCGCUUUGCCAAAUUGUUGUACGUAGUCGAAUCGUCUCAAAAUAUGAUUCUAAUUCACCAUAAUAAUGCUACGUAAGACUUUUUUUUUAUCCUGUCAUACGCACUUUAACUCAAAUUAUAUAAACUUUCGAUCAAACUGCAACCAUAUAUUGUAAUCAUUGCCACAGUAAUUAAAAUUGUUUGCUAAAGUGAAAGGGUCAUAUGAAAGAAUGAGCCACAACUAUGAAGCAAAGUAUGCUGUAACAUUUGGGUGCAUCAAGGAUAUAGACAGCUGGGGCUGCUGGGAAUUUCACCCUCUUAUCACCUUCCCUUGUGUUCCUUUACAUUAUCCCAAAACAUUUUCUGUCUAGUCCUCUGUCUGCCAGGAUUUUCUGAGCCAACCUCACUCAGUUUUUCUCCUUCAAAUAGCAAUGUUUUUAUUUUCAUUACUCCAUGUUAUCCACCCCCUGCCAGUCGCUUAUCUCAUUGGUCCUCGGUAAACCAUCUGGAACGUUCCAUCUCCAUCUGUUGGCCCUGCUCCAACACCCACAGCCCAAGGGGGUUUCUAUUCCUCAAAUUCUUGAGCUUAUUUAGUAAUGUUACAACAUGGCAUUGAUGUCUUAUUGCCAAAAAAUCCUCUUGUUAUAUUAUUACAAUAAAUGUUAUUA